ACUACAAGUCCCGUGAGGCGGCGCGGGCCGAGGCGGGUCCUGCGCGGCGGGCUCGGCGGCGUCGGCUGCGGGGCGAGGCGAUGCCGGCGGCGGGCUCGGAGGGGGAGGAGGGCGCGGCGGGGGCCGGCGGCGGCUCGGCGGGGGAGCAGCCCGGCCCCGGCCCCCCCAAGCUCUGCGGGUACCUGCAGAAGCUGUCGGGCAAGGGCCCCCUGCGCGGCUUCCGCAGCCGCUGGUUCGUGUUCGACCCGCGCCGCUGCUACCUCUACUACUUCAAGGGGCCGCAGGAGGCGCUGCCCCUCGGGCACCUCGACAUCGCCUCCGCCUGCUUCAGCUACCACCAGCCCGAGGCCGGCGCCGCCGCCGCGGGGGACGAGGCCGCCGCGUUCGAGGUGCACAGUCCCGGCGGGGCCGUGGCCGUGCUCAAGGCCGCGACCCGUCAGGAUAUGACGUACUGGCUCCAGGAGCUCCAGCAGAAGAGGUGGGAGUAUUGCAACAACCUUGACGCGGCAAAAAGGGACAGCCGGACUUCCCCUACACCAAGUGACUUUUCCAAAGGUCUUGUUGCCAAAGACAAUCCUGAUGUGAGUACCCUCAGUCAAAAUGCCUCAGCAGAGAGAGCUAGAAAUAUUCUAGCUGUGGAGACAUCUCCUACAGACCUGGUGGGGGAACAAGCAGCUUCCCAACCUGCACCAGUCCAUCCAAGUGCCAUCAAUUUCUCGCUUAAGCAAUGGAGUACCGAAAUCAAAAAUUCAAUGUCCUCUUUAAGAAAAGGAAAUAAUGAAAACCGCAAAAGCAUAUUUUAUACCACCGAAGAGUGGGAAUUGCUGGACCCAACCCCAAAAGACUUGGAGGACUCGAUGGCCCUGGAAGAGAAGAGAAAACCCGUGGCAGAAGGAAGUAAAGGACUGGCUAGUUCAGCUUUUCCGUUCGAUUUUGGCCGCAUCCCACACAAAACAAGGCGCCCGUUAAAAGACAUGAUUGGAUCAAGCAAACACCGGAACAGCAGCGACUCUUCUCCGACUGAGUGGUAUUCUGGUAACGGCAACAAACUGGUCUCGGAGCUGCAGCUGAAGUAUCAAAGCCAGCAAGAAGAGCUGGAAAAGCUAAAGAAAGAUCUUUUGAGCCAAAAGGAACUUGUGCGACUUCUGCAGCAAACAGUCCGGUCUUCCCAAUAUGAUAAAUAUUUUGCAAGCCGCCUUUGUGAAGGGGUUCCCAAAGACAAAUUAGAGCUGUUGCACCAAAAAGAUGACCAGAUUUUGGGUCUCAACAACCAGCUUGAAAAGUUAAAUCUGGAAAAAGAUAGUCUCCAGCAGGAAGUAAAGAACCUGAAACGUAAAGUUGGAGAACUCAAUGAGCAGCUGGGUAUGUUGAUGGAAACUAUUCAAGCUAAAGAUGAAGUGAUCAUGAAACUCUCGCAUCAGCUCAGCGAAUCUGAGGACAAUACAUCCUCUCAAAGUGGAGCAGUAAAUUCUUCCACGGCCACCUGUAUUAAUAAGGAGCUACAGGAACUGGACAGACUGAAAGACAAUCUUCAGGGUUAUAAGACCCAGAAUAAAUUUUUAAAUAAGGAGAUUUUGGAGCUUUCUGCCCUACGAAGAAAUGCAGAAGCGAGAGAGAGAGAAUGGCAGGCAAAGUAUACAAGCUUGGAGGCCAAACUGUGUCAGAUAGAAAGUAAAUACUUGAUCUUGCUUCAAGAAAUGAAAACUCCUGUUUGUUCUGAGGAGCAGAGUCCUGCUCGCGAGGUCAUCACACAGUUACUGGAGGAUGCCUUGAAAGCAGAAACCAGUGAACAACCAGAACAAGCGUUUUUCAAACCACACCUUGUCAGUGAAUAUGAUAUAUAUGGUUUUCAGACAGUCCCAGAGGAUGAUGAUGAGGAGAAACUAGUAGCAAAAUCACGAGCGUUGGACUUGAGAUCGCUUUCUCUCAGUGAAAAUCGAGAGAUCUCCGCAGGGGUAAAAUGGGAGAACUAUCUUGCGAGCACAAUGAAUAGAGAGAUGAUACGCUGUGUAGAACUAAAGAAUCUUAUUCGGUCUGGAAUUCCACAUGAACAUCGUUCCAAGAUCUGGAAAUGGUGCAUCAAUCUCCAUGUUAAGAAGUUCAAGGACAGCACCGUUCCUGGGUACUUCCAAACCUUGCUCCAAAAUGCUCUGGAAAAACAAAAUCCUGCAUCUAAACAAAUUGAGUUAGAUCUCUUGAGAACUUUGCCAAACAACAAACAUUAUUCCUCACCGACAUCUGAUGGAAUCCAGAAGCUGCGAAAUGUGCUGCUGGCGUUUUCCUGGAGAAAUCCUGAUAUAGGAUAUUGCCAAGGGCUCAACAGAUUGGUAGCGAUUGCACUUCUGUACUUGGAACAGGAAGAUGCUUUCUGGUGUCUAGUGACAAUAGUGGAAGUUUUCAUGCCUCGUGAUUAUUAUACUAAGACUCUGCUAGGAUCUCAGGUUGAUCAGCGAGUAUUCAAGGAUUUAAUGAGCGAGAAGCUUCCACGACUGCACGCUCAUUUUGAACAAUACAAAGUUGACUAUACGCUUAUAACUUUCAACUGGUUUCUCGUGGUGUUUGUGGACAGUGUGGUCAGCGACAUCCUUUUUAAAAUCUGGGACUCCUUCCUGUACGAGGGACCAAAGGUAAUAUUCCGAUUUGCCCUGGCGCUUUUUAAAUACAAAGAAGAAGAAAUCUUAAAACUGCAAGAUUCGAUGUCCAUUUUCAAGUACCUUCGGUAUUUCACACGCACUAUACUUGAUGCCAGGAAACUGACUGGGAUUGCUUUUGGAGACCUGAAUCCUUUUCCAUUACGUCAGAUCAGGAACCGCAGGACUUACCACCUGGAGAAAGUGCGCCUUGAACUAACUGAACUAGAAGCCAUUCGUGAGGAUUUCCUGCGUGAACGAGAGACGUGUGUAGAAAAAAGAGACCUUAUUAGUGAUGAUGAGGAGGAUAGUUGAAACUGCUCAACAUAAACUUUUCUUUGGGAUCGUGACCAAAAUGGAAAUAACUGCAGGUGCCAUCAGAACAAGCCAGUAAUAAAGCUGGUGGUUUUGUCUGAUAAUGUGAUGUGAGAGAGUCUCUGUAGAAGAACAUAUUUGCACAUUUGGCUUUGAAGCAUGAAGAUGUGAACUAUAGACAUGCUGCAUGCAGGUGAUGCUAACUGGGUAAACUUGUCAGUGGUGUCCUUAGUUUAUGACUUCCCAAGAAAUGUGUAUUUGUAUGAUAUCUCCUGACACCAAAAGCCUCUUUAGAGGCUGGGCGCUGAUGUUCUGCUAAAGCCUGUAGUAGCCAAGUGCAUAAUUGCAGCUGCUUUGAAAAUUUAACCAAGUACUGAAUUAAUUUGGAAAUCUAGCCUCAAUGUCUGCCUCUCACAUAAGACUUUGGCAUUUUGGAGUUAGCUUAAUUCCCUCUAUCAAGUAUGUCAGCAAUUUCAGAUAUAAAACUAAACAGCUAAAUGUUUGAGAGGGAGGAAAAAUAAGAGUUGGGAGAUCACUUAAAUCGCCUGUCCAAGCAGAUCUUUCCCAGUAGAGGUGAACAGUGCACAGUUCUUGUCCUCUGGCUCUGGCACAGGGUGACAAGCUGUUCAGAGUGGCACAGCUAGAAAUCUGUUCAAAGGGGCUGCGGAACAGGAUCAAGAGCAGCAAUUAGAGGCCUAAGGAACUCCUGUCCUGUAUGCUGAAAAGUUAAGUCAAAGGAGUAAACAGAAAAUUCUGGGAAGGGAGUACAUAGGGAGCAAUGUCCUCGUGUAGACACUUGGCAUGUUCAGCUCGAGUGGGUUGUGCUGCCCCAGCAGCUGCUGGGGCCUCUCAAAGAACAGCUGAGGCUCCCGUUUCCUCCUUGGGACUGGGCUCAAGGCAUCUCGGUGGAAUCGCAACAAGGGUGCGAGUGUGGCUCUUGUGUUUAGCUGACUUACACUGUUAAAUAUCUUAUUCCUAAGAAAUACGUUAACUUAAAAAGGAUAAACACAGCUCUCCUGCACUGAACUGAGACCAGAUACCUGCAGAGCCUCACUCUCUGUGCCGGGUGCCUCAGAGAGAGAGAAAACUCACCCAAGUCUGCUGGUAUUACAAUAUAUCAGGUGUUCAUUCCAUGGGAUUUUCAGAAAUGCUAAACAUAGCUUCCUUAUCUGCAGCUCCUUGACCUCACUGGAAGCAGAAUCCAUGUAGUGCUGAAGCUUUAAGAAUUCCCACACAUGAAGUGCAUUCACUAAGAUAAUGCAAAGGAAGGGUGUGCUCUGCCUUGGAAAUUUCCCCCUGGAAAAGAAGGUAAAAGGUUCAAUCACAAGGCAGUUAGUAGAGCGGUAUUUUCCUCAUGAUCCUAAGCUGUAGAACCGUGCUUCUCUAGAGUUAUACCCACCUACAAUGCCAGCCUUUCAGAGGAUUAGACUAGAAAGCAAAACUCAGGACUAUGUAGUGAAUGUGAUAUUAAAAAAACAAGUAGUUAUUUAAUGAAAGCUUACCCACUUGCUCUCCACCCUAAAUUAGUUUGGGGUGUUGUAAAGAGAAGUAAUUAAAACAUUCAGCACUAGAAUAUACCUCAGAAAAUGAGUUUGACUUUGGCCUUCGUUAAGAUACUCGUAGCCUUGAGUGGCUGCAUCCUGGCCAUGUUUCACAUGAGGUGAACCUUUGUGUGCACAACAGUUACGUUUCUGCAGUGAGCUGCCACGAAGCCUUCAGGUGUGAGCCGAUGAGCUGACUCGGUGAUGUCUUCUGGCACUGUGAUUUGUGAUUAAACUGUGAAAUGAGCAAUUUGCCUGGUUUUAAAAAUGCAGGUGGUAUUUUUGUGGUAUCUAGGCCUGAGACUCCCGCUUUGGAACAUAAGGUAUGGGCUUCCUUCUUUAUCGCUUCCUAAAGGAGACUGGUAAAUGCAUGGCCAACAGAUGCUGCAGUGUUUGCUUGUGCCGCCUGCUUCAAAUGCUACUCGGCUUUGAGUUUUCCUUUCCAUUCAUAUCUUGUAUGCACUUAAAGGCUUUUGCCCUGAUUGCUAAAGCUCUUAAAAAGAAGUCUGAGUUAGUGUUUUAAGGGUCAAUAACUGAAGAAGCAUGUAAGAGUAACUUUUUAUUUAUGCAGAACCUGUAUUUUGGCUUGCAGACCGUGUGGGCAUGGCCAGGGGUGAGAUUCAAUGUACCCUUGCUCUCCUUGGAGACCUUGCAUGGCUGGCCAGCAGAUAUUAAAUUCAAAUAGGGGUUUUUCAGUGCCUCGGGGGGCUUGUCCUGAUUUGAAAAAGCACUUGUGCCCUUUCCGAGCAAACCAUGCUGUUUUGUCCCCUUCCUUGCAGGUAGGAGGAAACAGAAGAGAUGACCUUCCUCAUGUGCCUUUUCCUCUGGGAAUUCUGUAGGAUAGCAGUGAGUUUUCAUGUGAUCAUGUCACAUUAAAGGUGAGGAAUGAAAUAUCUGUAUUUCCCUUUGAAAGGCUUCUGAAUUCUUCCAAUACCCUUUGAAACCUUUACUAUUGAUCCCCAUUCCUGUUCUCCAUAUCAGAUGCAGCCACUUUCCUUGUGGAAUUGGGAGAGCAGGGUGAAACUCCCCAGGCAGGUGAGCAGGGGCACAGGUCAGUCCUCUUGGCUUGUAACAAAUCCGAAGCAGAGUUUCUGUGAUAAUAGAAAGCGUUGCCUUUAGGCACUUGCCUAGUAUAAAAAUAUUUUUAAACGUAUCUAUCUUUGCAGCUUACUGCAGUGGAAACGGCCUGCAUAUUUAUGUAUGAUAAUUUGCCAUAGCUUUGCAUUAUCUUAACCACAUAGGGAAUUGGAAGUGAAGAUGACCUGGCAUUUACAUUUGAUUUUGAAGGUGUGAACAAUACCACAUCAUUCCUCAUUAAUAAAGGCUGGCUAUUAACUUGCCCAGAAGAAACUUAGGGAGACCACACAAUAUUUAUUGCAAUUACUGUUUGCUGCCCACAGACAACACGUUCAUCUACAAAUCGUGGUGUCGAAGCUCGGUCAGGCAGCCGUUGCCUUUGUCCGUGUGGCCUUCCUGAAACUUUCUGUUCUCAUUGCAGAGUAACUCUGCUUGUCUGCUGAUGAAAUGCAGCUAAACAGCGAACAAACAUGUGAGGACAGAGCUUGUUUUAGAGGUGUGGGGCCUUUUGACUUCUGGAAUAAAGAAUGGAUUUGUAUCACUGUGUAGGACUGCUGCUGAAAGUUGGGACAGUGUCAGCUCUUUACUAAACUUUGGACUCUCCAGCAGGAGAGGCCGAUGCCUGGCAAGCGACCCAUGUGGGUUCAUGAGCGAUGCCCAGGUGAACCCCUGGUCCCGUCUGGCUGCAGAAGAAGCCCCACUACACUGCAUUUGUUUCCUGCGUGCUCGCCAGAGGCAGCCGGUGUUCAUCCCUCCAUCCCGUGAGCCAGAGCGCACAGGCACAAACCCGGACACAAUGGCAAGUGUGGAUUUUUG